CGCGCUCCCGCGUGAAGGGUACAAUUCUCGUCGGGGGAACCAAUCACUGUAUGACGUUCUGGCUCAAGCAGGGCCUGCCCCGUCCGUCCUUCCGAACCGUUAAGCUUUGAGUUUUCUCGCGCUAACUUGAUUUUUUAUUUUUUUUAUUGGUGUUUGUCAGCAGGAUGAGGAGACAAGAAAACCAGCCUCCCAGACCUACAGCAGGCUACCUUCCUGUGCCGCUCUUUAACCAGAGGAAGAGAAACAGAAUUCCUCUGACUUCUGUUCCUUGUGAGAAUGAAUUCUAUUCCCACAGUGAAUAUCCUGUUAGGAGCAGCUCAUCUGCACCUCAAGGAAGUCCAGCUUUUGCUGCUCAAAGCCACCAGUGGAACAAACCAUCUACUCCUCAGUCUGCUCUGGCCCAGCCGUAUGGCAGCAGCAGACCUGCACCGGGACCCUCCUCUUCUUUUAGAGGCUACGUACCUGUGCCUCAUCCAUACAGAGCCGGAACCACCAGUACCAACCAGCCUGGGGACGCUUUUAGAAAACACGAUUCGAUAUCCAGUUCUUAUUCUGGACAGAGAAUGAAUGUUCAAAGCAGGAUGAAAGCUAACACCGGGCCUUCCCAGCUAUCAUCUCCCGAGUCGGCCAAACCCAGCCCUCAGUUCUCCCAGCAGUCUAGACCUGCACCUCCGUCUGCCCCCAGACAGCCGUACGGCCACGCUGCACAACCGCCAAACAACUCCUGGAGGUUCACCAACAGCUUUGAGUCGCAGACGUCUCCUGUUGUGGAGCAAAAGAGGUCGAGCCAGCCUCAAUCUGGUGGACAGGCUAAACCUCAGCCAGAAACAUCUCCAGUCAAACCAGCCGUGGAAAACUCCCUGAGGAUCCUGACUGCAGUGAUCCGUGGAAUGAGACACUGGAGCCAGUUUAAAGACAAAGUCCCGUACCUGUUUGAGAUAUUUGCUACUCUGGACUCUGCGGUCACACUGGGGCGCUACGGAGCCAAGAACUUCCUCAUGAGAGACGGGAAGGAAGUCCUCCAGUGUGUUUAUUAUGAAACAGAGCAGGUUCUGCCCCGUCUGAUCCGUGGACAAGUCCACCGCUGCGUUGGCAACUAUGACCGGAGCAGAGACGUCCUGAUGUGCGUGUCUGUGCGCGCCGGCCUGCCGUCGGAGCUGAGGAACGCUCAGGAGGCUGUGAAGGCCUGCGACGCCGAAAUGAGAGCGCUGGUCAAGACGCUCUCUGAGGUUUGAGCUUCCACUGGUGCUUUCAGAGAAACAAAGUUAUUGAGUUAUUCUAACUAGUUGCAGUUAAAAAAACACGUUUCAGGAUUUGUUGCUGUUUUGAGAAGCUCACUUUUUCUUUGUGUAAGUUUCUUGUUAAACUCUUAAAUAAAUGUUUGUUCUCUGAACAGAUAAAGACAAAAUUUAUGACUAAA